UACAAUUUUAGAACAUGUUUUACAAAACACCUGGUUAUCACCUUCUACAACAAAAUCUGAAUAAGAUUUUACCCACGACUCAAUUAAUUUUGCCAUUUUUCUCACUGGUUAACACAACAAUAAAGACUGAAAUGAAGUUGAAAGUAAACUGAGUCAUUUAGAAAUUUGAAGAUAUUAAUACAACUACCUGAAAGGAUAUUUAGCAAAAUUUGUUGGUUUAAGGAGGGUGUUUAUAAUUUAAUCCUCUCAAGUACCUACACCAUUAACCGUAAUUUAUUACAGGGAAAAGUUAAUCCUUCAAAAUUUUAGGAAAUGGACAUGUAAAGGCAUUUCACAAAAUAUUAUUUUGGUCCACAACUCAUAAUUUUAAUGUCCAGCCAAUUAGUACGUCAGAUAUAUGCCAAAAAAUUAACAAAAUGUCAAUAUAUGCAUUCAAAAUCAAAAAUUGUAUAUAUAUGCAACAUAUGCAAAAUAUGGCGUUUUGCAUAUAUUCCUAGCUCUACUCAUAAGCAUCAAAUUGAGACUAUUCAGAAUAAAGUCUUAAGAAUAUGCGCCUAUAAAAUGGGUUAUAUAAAAGGAGAUUACUCAUAUGCUUCAAUUAAUUCUCAAUUAAACUUAAAAUCACUUGACUUUAGGAGAACAGUUUCUGAUAUAAUUUUUAUAAAUAAAUUGUUAACAGGGAAUAUUGAUUCUCCCCAAGCAGUAGGUCUUAUUAAUUUUAAUACCUUUAGUAGGACUAGACAAUUCGACUUAUUUAAUAUACCAAUACAUACCACUAAUUAUGCUUUUAAUUCACCAGUAAGUCGAAUGUUACGUGAAUGUAAUAAGUUGAAAUGUAAAAAUUGUGAUAUUUUUGGAAUUAUUAAUGCUCUCAAGACUUAUUUAAAUAAUAUGGAAGUCUAACAUUUUAUGUCUUCAUUUUCUAACCGAUUUUAUAAUUGUUAUAUGAUGCCGUUAUAUUUUGUAUUGUAUUUUAUAUUAC